CCCAAGAUGUCAGAGCAAUGAGAAAAGAAGAUUCCUAAGAUAAGGAGAAAUAAAAAUUGCAAAGAUACUUACAAAGAAACCAAGUGGGGAUUGGAUUCAACAGUAAAGAAGUAUUGUAGAAGACCAUGAAGGGUAUUCUAGAAAAUAUUGAAGUAAAUGUAAAACUCAGAUAAUAAAUCACUACAAGGGAAUAGUGUGUGUGUGUGUGUGUGUGUGUAGGUACAGGCUAAUAUUUUUGAUAAUUGCAUUCAAGUUAAUGCACGUCUUAAAUUAGAAUCUCUGAAAUGGAGUGGUUGUAAAGAAAGUACAAGAGAGCGUUGGUGGUACAGUGGUGAGCAUAGCUGCCUUCCAAGAAAGUACAAGAGAGAAGUUUUCCCCUUACAUUUUAAGUAUAUAAAAUUUAUUCAUCUUAAUGCUCAUUGAAAAAAGUAUGCUUACUAAUUUAUGUAAUAAAUCAAAUAUAGAAGUAUAAUUCUGUGGGUUUGUUUUGACAUUGAUUUGAUGUCAACAAUUUAAGCCUUUAUGGUUGAGUAAAAUAAGAAGGGCUUAGUAUAAGUUUUUUAACUAAGGCUGACCAAUGAAUCACUUGAAGAUUUCCUUUUUUUUUCCUUAUGAAAGAUAAUUUACAUAUAUAGUUCACCCACUUAAAGUUUAAAUUUCAGUAUAUAUACAGGGUUGUGCAACCAUCACCACAAUCUAAUUUUAGAAUAUUUUAAUCCCUACAGAAAGAAGCUUCAUACUCCCUGUUCUUGCUACCCCAACUCUAGGCAAUCAUCAGUCUACUUUCUGUCUUUAUAGAUUUGUUCUGAAGACUGGCUUCUUUCACUUAGCAUGUUUCAAGAUUUCAUAUAUGUAGAAUUUUCUUAUACAACAAAACUGAAAGUCUGCCGAUCAGCUUUGAAAUUUAAAAACAAUGGAGAAGACUCAAGAAACAGUCCAAAGAAUUCUUCUAGAACCCUAUAAAUAUUUACUUCAGUUACCAGGUAAACAAGUGAGAACCAAACUUUCACAGGCAUUUAAUCAUUGGCUAAAAGUUCCAGAAGACAAGCUACAGAUUAUCAUUGAAGUGACAGAAAUGUUGCAUAAUGCCAGUUUGCUCAUCGAUGAUAUUGAAGACAACUCAAAACUCCGACGUGGCUUUCCAGUGGCACACAGCAUCUAUGGAAUUCCAUCUGUCAUCAAUUCUGCCAAUUAUGUAUAUUUUCUUGGCCUAGAGAAAGUCUUAACCCUUGAUCACCCAGAUGCAGUGAAGCUUUUUACCCACCAGCUUUUGGAACUCCAUCAGGGACAAGGUCUAGAUAUUUAUUGGAGGGAUAAUUACACUUGUCCCACUGAAGAAGAAUAUAAAGCGAUGGUGCUGCAAAAGACAGGUGGACUAUUUGGAUUAGCAGUAGGUCUCAUGCAGUUGUUCUCUGAUUACAAAGAAGAUCUAAAGCCACUACUUAAUACACUUGGGCUCUUUUUCCAAAUUAGGGAUGAUUAUGCUAAUCUACACUCCAAAGAAUACAGUGAAAACAAAAGCUUUUGUGAAGAUCUAACAGAGGGAAAGUUUUCAUUCCCUACUAUUCACGCUAUUUGGUCAAGGCCUGAAAGUACCCAGGUGCAGAAUAUAUUGCGCCAGAGAACCGAAAACGUAGAUAUUAAAAAAUACUGUGUACAUUAUCUUGAGAAUGUAGGUUCUUUUGAAUACACUCGGAAUACUCUUAAAGAGCUUGAAUCUAAAGCCUAUAAACAAAUUGAUGCACGUGGUGGGAACCCUGAGCUUGUAGCUCUAAUAAAGCACUUAAGCAAAAUGUUCAAAGAAGAGGAUGAAUAAUAUUAAGCCAUUCUUGAUUAAGCCUGGUAGCUUAUUGCAGUUGACUAUUUUUUUUUGUCUUUUAGCCUAUCACUUUUUAAAAAAUCUGGACCAAGCUGUCACUCUCCACAAACUGAGUGAAUAGGGGUGAUGUGAAUGAGUUUGUUUCCAUUUAGAACCCCUUUGUACAGAUAAUCAUCAUAUACAAAGUUGAAGGAAUCAAAAGGAGCCACAUUUAAAUAGGUCUAAUUUGAAUGUCAGAAUGUGCUGUGUUUGGACCUUAUGGACAACUGCCACAAAUGUUCUGUUGAUUCUGUCAAUAAAGAAGACUUCAGCUUC